AUGUCUUUCAAAGAGUUUCGUGACCUCCUUGUACUUCUCUACGGCGAUGAAAUUAUUUCCGAUGAAGAGUUUUUGCUACUUUACGAUAGUUUCAUCUCAAAGAAUCCAGAUUUUCCCCAUGAAAACUAUCAACGGUUUGAUUUGGAUUCUAUGAACUCUGCGGAGUGCAAAGCAGAGUUUCGUGUCGAGAAACACGAUCUCCCUCGCCUUGUUGCAGCCCUCCAACUACCACCGGUGUUUAAAUGCGAGCAGAGGAGUAUUUGCGACGACAUGGAAGGCCUAUGCAUACUGCUCAAACGAGUUGCCUACCCAUGCAGACUCAGUGAUCUGAUUCCGCGAUUUGGCCGACCGGUUUCUGUUUUAAGCCUGAUCUCAAAUGAUGUCAUCGACUAUAUUUAUGACGUUCAUGGGCACCGUAUAACACAAUGGAAUCGAGAUCUUCUGAAUCCUGGGGCUUUGCAGCGUUAUGCAGAAGCUAUAUCGGGAAAAGGAGGCCCCCUUGACAACUGUUUCGGUUUUGUAGAUGGAACAGUCCGACCCAUCUCAAGACCAAAUGAGCGUCAGAGAAUUGUGUACAAUGGCCACAAGAGGGUCCAUUAA